AUGAAAUAUUGUUUAAAUCUGAUCAGACUUUCUAAUGCUCUUACAAAAGCCAGUAAAUCUCACGAAUCAGUGAAUGAUUAUGUUUUGAUUGAGGAAGUUCAGCGAGGAUGGGAUAAAAGACAGUCUGAAAAGUCCACGUCUCAACGCUUUCUUGACCCACACGAACGCCCUCUGGAGGCACAGGCUCACUGGCAGGGAGAAGGGCGAUUCAUUCUGAAGAAACUAAGUGAUGACCCCAGCACCAGGGCCUGGGUAACGACGAUACGAAGCUCGUCUAAAAAGGAACGGAAGAGGCAAGAAACCGAACUUAGUGGAGACGAACUUCAUGACUGGGGAGAAACGGAAGAGAUGUUUCUUGUCUGUGUCUACAAUGUGUCUCCAGAACAGCCCUACGCCAUUUUGAAAGCUCCCAUCACAAGCACUGCGCAGGAUAUCAUUGCACAGGCUCUAGUCAAGGCUCGUCGAAUGGAGGAUCCGUCAAGUUUCGUUCUGGUAGAACAAGUCGAAUAUCCUCCGCUAGAUGACAGCAGUUUGUCAGGACCACUCCGCCGCCAAGGAACGCACAAGAACCGACGAGUUUUGAAUGAUAAUGAAAAUGUCUACAAAGCGCAAGCUCGCUGGAAAGCCAAGGGUUGGUUUGAGCUAAAAAAGCGUGAAGAGGCCUUGCAUAACAAUAAAAGAAGCGUUGGGACAAAAUCCGGAAGUUUAUCAAGACUUGGGAGACUAAGAAGUUCCUCCAGAACCAAAGAUUCCGAGAAGUCGUCGCCACGACACCCACCUUUAACAUCAGAACGUCAUAUCAAGAGUAUGAACGAUUCUGGAAAUUCCAAAGAAGACAUUGACCACAAACCACCGAAACGGGUAGUCCACAGUGAAGGAGAAACGAUCUCUGAUGAUGAUGAAUGUAAGGAUGGCGUUUCUUCUAUAUCCAAAUUCAAAAGGAUCUCAUUAAGAAAACUCAAAGCGUGGAGGUGAGGACGGACCGCCCGAAUCUUAAGAUCUCCGAUAAGACUGGGUUUAGCUUGGAACUCCAGCCUCCUCUGAUGUGCUGGUCAACAGCGAACUCGGAGAAUUCCUUGCUCCACGGUCUUGACAAUCUUUUGUUAUAUCUAGUCAUAAUUCACACUAAUUACUCACUGUUUAAUUCCAGUAUCUUCACACCAUCGUAUCAGGUUUAGUUGCCAUCUUUAGCUGUUGUCCUUUUCCAACUAGACUCUCUAUAAGCGGUCCUCAUUCUCCACAUCGUACUUCCUAUUGGUCACUAUUGGAGAGAACCGUUGUCAUUGUCCACACCACUAGUGGUUCGCACCAGGUCUAUGCACGUAUAUGUGGCCUUCACUUAUGGAAUUAUUUAAUUAUGUUCCUGACUGCUGUACUUCUGGGCACUUUGUAUUUCAUUAUUUAAUGUACUCGCAUAAUCAUGUAUGCCGCGUGUUUUUUUUUCUCCUAUUGAUCCAGUUUUUAAAUAGUUACUCUAAAACCCCUCAUAUUUUAUCACUUUCCUUUUGAACAAACAUUAAGGUCGUUGAUGUGGCCAUUUGCACCGUUUCGUGCUUCCUGACCAGAUAUGUUAAUUGUUGAAAUGUUUAAAUUUGUUACUGAACCAUCACUGAUGUAGAGUUCUUUGUACAUACGUCACGACUGUGAACUGAGUCCUUUCUAGCAUGAUAGUGUACUUACUGUAGUUAAUGAUGGGCUCAAACGCCGAUACUCCUUUUAAUUUGUUUGUUUGUAAUUAAGCACAAUGGGCUAUCUGUGCUCUGCCCACCACGGGUAUCGAAACCCGGAUUCUAGCGUUGUAAGUCCGCAGACAUAACGCUGUGCCACUGGGGGGGGGGGGGGGUCUUUUUAAUCCCAAGUCAUAAGCAGUUUUUCUCGUGUCGUACCUAGAAUGUAGCAUAGGUUAACAUUUCCAGAGUAGCCUAUAGGACGUGUAACAGUGAUUUUUCUUAACGGAUAGUUAUCCGUGAUUCACAACUAUCCGUCGCAGCGCUAGCACAACUAUUUCGCUAAAGUAUUUCUAAAAAAACAAAAA